AUGGCCACGGCAAACAAGGACCAGAAGGCGAAGCCCAGCGCCUUGCGCUCCAUCCUCGCGGGUUCCUCUGCCGGAGCCGUGGAGAUCGCUAUUACCUAUCCUGCCGAGUGUAUGGCCCCGAUUCCCAAUUCUUACUCUACCCUAGGGUGGGUCGCAAAGACCCGCACACAACUCAAUCGCCGCCUCGCCGAGGGCCAGAAGCUCCCCUGGCCGCCAUUCGGCAAGCAGUGGUAUGCGGGAUGUACGACGCUGAUCAUUGGAAACUCGCUCAAGGCCGGAAUUCGAUUCGUCGCCUUCGAUGCUAUCAAGGCAACCCUCCAGGAUGAGAAUGGCAAGAUCUCCGGUCCCCGGACCGUUGUUGCUGGCUUCGGUGCUGGUUUCACUGAGUCGCUGUUGGCCGUUACUCCCUUCGAGAGUAUCAAGACACAGCUGAUUGACGAUCGCAAGGCCGAGAAGCCUCGCAUGCGCGGUUUCUUGCACGGUAGUAAGAUCAUCUGGCAGGAACGAGGUAUUAAGGGUUUCUUCCAGGGCUUUGUGCCGACCACGGCAAGACAGGCUGCCAAUUCGGCGACUCGGUUUACCGCCUAUACCACUUUGAAGCAGUUCGCGGAGGGCUAUGUUGCUCCUGGUGAGAAGCUGGGUACGUUGAGUACUUUUGCUAUUGGUGGUGUUGCUGGUAUUAUCACUGUCUACAUUACCCAGCCGUUGGAUACGGUGAAGACAAGGAUGCAAUCUCUCGAGGCCAGCAAGAACUACAAGAACAGCUUCGUGUGCGCUGCGAGAAUCUUCAAGGAUGAAGGCGUCUUGACUUUCUGGUCUGGAGCUGUGCCGCGGCUGGCCCGUUUGAUUCUGAGUGGUGGUAUUGUGUUUACUAUGUAUGAGAAGUCUAUGGAGUUGCUGGAUAUCGCGGAUCCGGAGCGAAAAUAUCUUUGA